GUGUGUGUGAGUGUGUGCUUUAAGGAAGUGAUUAGUUUGUAUGAAACCACGAGCCCAAAGGCGUUUACAGCCACAUAUCAGUAUUGACCCGGGUCUGUUUAGCAGACAGUAUCUUCGAUGACAUUCAUCUGCAUCAUUAGCUAAGUUAAUUAGCCAGCUACUUGUGAUAAAACCACGUCGUCAUCAUCUCUCUGUGGACAAUGAAGAAGCUUGCUCUGCUGCUGAUUGUGCUGCUCGGCGUUGCACAUUUUGCAACUCUCUGCACAUGUGAAGAUGAUGUUGCAGAGAAGGAGGAUGCUGAUGAAGAGGACAGUGAAGAGGAGGAGGAGGAAGAUGAAGAUGAUGGCACAGAGGUGAAAGAAGAGAACGGAGUGCUGGUUUUCACCAACAACAACUAUGACCCUUUCAUGGCAGGCAAAGACACAGUUCUGGUUGAGUUUUAUGCCCCAUGGUGUGGGCACUGCAAACAGUUUGCCCCAGAGUAUGAAAAAAUCGCUCAGGCUCUUAAGGAGAACGACCCUCCUAUACCUGUGGCCAAAGUGGAUGCAACGGUAGCCGGUGAUUUAGCGAGCAGGUUCGAAGUAUCAGGCUAUCCCACCAUCAAGAUCAUGAAAAAUGGGGAAGCUUUGGACUAUGACGGAGAAAGAACUGAGAAGGCUAUUGUGGCCCGGGUGAAAGAGGUGGCUCAACCAGAUUGGAAGCCCCCUCCUGAGGCGACGCUGGUGCUGACCAAGGACAACUUUGAUGAGAUCGUUAACAACGCAGACAUCAUCCUGGUGGAGUUCUACGCUCCAUGGUGCGGACACUGUAAGAGUUUGGCUCCAGAGUACGAGAAGGCCGCCAAGGAGUUGAGCCAGCGCUCUCCUCCCAUUCCUCUGGCCAAGGUGGACGCCACUGUUGAGAAUGACAUAGCCACACGUUUUGAAGUUACAGGCUAUCCCACCAUCAAAAUCUUCAGGAGAGGCAAGAUGUUUGACUACAACGGACCCAGAGAGCAGCGUGGCAUCGUUGACUACAUGGGUGAGCAGGCAGGGCCUCCCUCCAAGCAGGUCCAGGCAGUUAAACAGGUGCAGGAGCUCAUCAAGGAUGGUGACGAUGCGGUCAUAGUUGGCGUGUUCUCCAGUGAACAGGAUUCAGCCUAUGAGAUCUACAUUGAGGCCUGUUAUGCACUGAGGGAAGACUUCACCUUCCGUCACUCCUUCAGCUCUGAAGUGACCAAACUGCUCAAAGCUUCGCCCGGUCAGAUUGUCAUCGUUCAGCCUGAAAAGUUCCGCUCAAAGUACGAGUCAGCGUCAAACACACUUGCAGUAACGGACUCUACAUUGGUGUCAGAAGUGCAGGAGUUCUUCAAAAAGCAUGUGACUCCUCUGGUGGGCCACAGAAAACCAAGCAAUGAUGCCAAGCGCUACACCAAAAGACCCCUGGUGGUUGUGUACUAUGGAGUUGACUUCAGUUUUGACUACAGGAAAGCUACGCAGUUCUGGAGAUCCAAGGUGCUUGAGGUGGCCAUGGACUUCCCAGAGUACAUGUUUGCCAUCGGUGAUGAAGAGGACUAUGCAGAUGAGCUGAAGAGCCUGGGCCUGAGCGAUAGCGGAGAGGAAGUGAAUGUGGGAAUUCUGGCAGAUGGCGGCAAAAAGUUUGCCAUGGAGCCGGACGAGUUUGACGCUGAUGUGCUGAGAGACUUUGUUAUGGCUUUUAAGAAAGGAAAGCUCAAACCCAUUAUCAAGUCCCAGCCAGUGCCAAAGAACAACAAAGGACCAGUUACGAUUGUGGUAGGAAAGACCUUUGACGAGAUCGUCAUGGAUACCCAGAAGGAUGUCCUGAUUGAGUUUUAUGCUCCCUGGUGCGGCCACUGUAAGAAACUGGAGCCUGAUUACUUGGCUCUGGGCAAGAAGUACAAGGGUGAGAAGAACCUGGUGAUCGCCAAGAUGGACGGCUCUGCCAACGACGUGCCAAAUGAGAACUACAAAACAGAAGGCUUCCCAACGAUAUACUUUGCUCCAAGCAACAGCAAGCAGAGCCCCAUCAAAUUUGAAGGUGGUGACAGAACAGUAGAGGGCUUCAGCAAGUUCGUGGAAAAGCAUGCCACAAAGCUAUCACAGAAUAGAGACGAACUUUGAAAAUGUCUCUCGACGAGCAACUAAGAACUCUUAACGGAGCUCGGGAGUGUUAGGAGGCCUCUGUGAAGGUGAAGGGAACGCAGUGGUGUUUAACGGUGUUACUGAUUUUGCUGUGAUGAUUACAAUGUUCAAUCAUCUUUUUUUAGUUUCUGUUCAUUCCAAGAGAUUCAGCUUUCUUCCGUUUCUAAAAAGCAUGUACGCACUGUUGAAGAGUUCAGUCUUUUUAAAUAAAACUAAAAAAAUGAUGGCAGCUUUGUGGGCCAGCACUCAAA